ACAUGCGCGCUUCUGAUAUGAAAUGGAGAAUGCAAAUUUUAAGGAAUGGGUGCUUUGAGCAAGGGAACGUGACCGGGAACAGCAACUCCACGUUCAUUUCCAGCGGGCAGGUGAUGAACUUCAAGGGCGACAUCAUCGUGGUCUACGUCAGCCAGACCUCGCAGGAGGGCGCCCCGGGCGCCGCGGCGCCGGAGCCCGAGCCCGAGCCCGAGCCCGAGCCCGCGGGCCGCCCGGUGCAGGAGCAGACGCUGGCCCGCAGGGACUCCUUCGCGGGCAACGGGCCGCGCUUCCCCGCCACGCCGGCCGAGGGCGCGCCGGAGCCCCGCGGCAAGGCCUCCCGGCCCGUGCAGGAGCAGGGCGCCGCCGGGCCUUGA